GCCUGGGUUGAGAGCUGUUGGCUGCUCUUCUAUUUAAUGGAGGGUCUCUGGCCAGGAGUAGUCAAAGGCGUCUCCAGAACAACAGAAGCAUGGCUGAGGAGCUGGGGCUGGGCUUUGGGGAAACAGCCAGCGUGGAAAUGCUGCCUGAGGGUGACAGCAGCAGGCCCAAGGCCAGAGCCAGGCUAAGAGCCAGGAGCUACAACGUGCACUGGUCUCUCACCUGCUGCCUACUGCUGCUCCCUGUCCUCGCAGGACUCACUGCCUACCUGCUCGUUUGCCAGAUUCAGGCCCAAGAAGACUGUGUGCCCCAGAUUCCAAAUGGACAAGAGUCUGGAUCUUCACACGAGCUGUCUUAUGCACCUUUCAGAGCUGACAGGGACAAGCCAAGGGCACACCUGACAG